AUGGUUGACAGCGUCCUCUGCGUGCAGCUACGACCCUCGACCCUCAGCUUUGACAACCCCAAGCAAGCGUCCGACCAAGCCACACCCCAACACUGGAGCUUGAACCCGGUGACAACACUACCAUGGCACCACCCGGUGACCCUCGAGCCGAUGGCCCUACCCAUGGCGCAGCUCCAUCGACUGCCGCCGUGGCGCGAGCUCGGUGACCGACUCAUCGACGACGACCCCGCGCUCGCACUCGCGCUCUUCCGCGUCUGCUUCUACACGCACCGUGUGCACCACGGACCCACCGCCGUCGACACACUGGACGCGCAGGUGGCUGUCGGCGAGUGCCUGUGCAAGCUGCAUGCCUACGACGCCGCCUACGACUGGCUCCACGACGCCAUGGAGCGCUUUGACGCAGCCGAGGUAGACGACACGGCCAAGAUGCACGACUGCAUGGCGACGCUGGGGCACGUGCUCUUGCAGCGCCAGGCUUUGCCGCAAGCGCGCUCGUUGCUGGAGCGUGUCGCGCUUCUGGACGAGCUCGAGGCGGGGCCGUCAGCGUUUGUGACGCUCGAGUCGCUGCUGGAGGUGGCGACCGUGUACCGGUACAUGGGCAAGUUCGAGGCGGCGAUGAACGUUGUCGUGUCGGUCGUGGCGACGGCCGAGAAGAGUUUUGAAGCGACGUGCGACGACGUGUGGGAAGACAUGCUGCACAACGGUGUGGCUGCAGAGUGCAAUGCGAUCAUAACGCGGUGUGUCUAG